AUGAAUCCGAAGUCAAAGAAACGGUUUAAGAAACCCAAAAGGGGUGGUUUUUCAUCAGCAAAUAUUCCUUUGGUGUCUUUGACACCUGAUGAGACGAUUGAUGAUGACUGUUCUCUUGAGUUAGAAGUCGACACAAAAGUGUUUGAAAAAAGUGCUGAGAGAGAUGUUAUCACCAUAUCCGAUUUGACAGAGAAAUUAAGGGUGAGUGAUCUUUAUAAAAACGCCGAAAAUGUGACAUUCACACUCCCAGUUUCAUCUCUUUUGGUUGAACACUUUUACAAUUGUACAUGUGGUGGGUAUUCACUUCAAAUUUGGAUACACCCAGGCGUUUAUUUGGGACUACCUUUUCCUUACCCAAUAUCCAACAAAAAUAAUCAAAUUGAGAAGGUGUUUAAUAUAGAUUUGGAUAUAGAAACAUCUAAAAUACUUUGGAGGAACAAUUACAAUAUCAACAAAAUGUUAUUUGUUUGGGAUAGAUACAUAGGAAUAACUGUGAAUACAAAGCUACAUGAUUUAGAAGGAAAGUUGGUCAAUGUCAAUUUAAGUGUAAAAAACGGAACAACAAUCGAAUUGGAAAAUAUGGGAUUGUUUAAUCCAGAAAUUGGGAGCAGAGAGAAACUGAUUUACAUCAUAGAAAUUGGUGAAAAGGAGAAAUGCGACUUCAAGAAUGAAAAGGAACUUUUUGAGGAUCUCGAGGCAAAGAAAAUGGAACAACUGAAAAAUCACCCUAAAAAAGUCCACACAACAUUUCCAUUCAAACUUUUGGUAACAGGGGGCAAUUUUCUAUUUAUGGAAACAUUUGUAAAAAUAGAGAAAGGCGGUCCGUUGAAGUUUGAACAAGAAAUUGAAAUAUUCAAAAAGAACAAGCGAGAAAAAAGUAAAGAGACAAAAGCGUUUUAUAUUGUUACAUUUGAAGCAGACGAAGCCGAAAAAUUUUGUCAGGAGAAAGACACGUUGAUUCGAAAAGUCUUUGUUGUACCAAAAUUUGUGAAAUUUUUCUGUGAACUUCAAAUUGACAUAUUUUGUGGGCAACAAAUUAACUUUAAAGGAAGGAUAGAAGAAAAACGGUGGUAUGUGAAAGGAAAGGGGCUUCCAAUACACAAUGAUGAAAAUGGGGGAAAUGGUGAUCUAAUAAUAGAAUUUGGGGUUGUGCAUGACGAGGAACAAAUUCCGAAAUGUGACCAAUUUGUGUUUAAACAGAUCAAUAUAUUAUACAACACUGCUUGUGUCAAUUAUCAUAUUAAGGAAGAAUUGAUGUUAUUUCAAACGCAAGUCAUUCCAUUGAUAAAACGGAAUGUUAAAAAGGCUAUUAAAAUGAAAGAAAAACAAAAGGGUAUUAAAAACGAAGAAAAGAAAGAAGACUCAAUUGGAAAGAUGGAAGAACCCCAUUCAACAACAGAAAAUAACUUAAAAAGGGGCGAGGAAAAAAGCGAAAAUGUUAUUGACACACACGAAGAAAAACAAUGUAAAAUGGGGGUUUCAAAUGAAGAUGAAAACGAUCAAAGGAAUAAAGAAAAGAACACUCUUGUUGACUAUUCACAACAUGAAAAAGAUGGGAAAACUACAAACAAAGAAAAUCAAAGACACAAAGACGAAAAAGAUAAUACAAAACAAAUUACAACAGUUUUUAAAGAACAAACAGUGGUGACAAAUUUAAUUGAAAAAUUAGAAGAUAACCCACAUAAUUUGGUCGAGAACACAAUCCAAACAGAGAAGAAAUAUAAAGAUAUAUGGGAUACAGAAAAACAGAAGAGUGAAAGAAAAAUAUCAAAUUUUGAACAUGAAGUAAAAGAAUUGAAAAUUGUUGAAAGCUCAGAAAAAGGAAAACCCCCAAACGAACAUUUGCAUAUUUUGAAAGAACAGAAUGAGAGCACAGAAAAAGUGAAGAACGUUUUAAAAAACUGCAAAAGCGAGGAAACGGGGAUUACACAUUUGAACCUUUCAAGUAUUGUGCAAAAACAGAAGAAAGCCCAGUGGAAAGGUCAAAUAACACACGAAGACAAAAUACGUGGAAACGUUCAACUUGAUGAGAACAAUAAAUUGAAACAAAAAGACGGGAUUGAGGAAUUCAAAAUGGUGAUAUUUUUAUUUAUAAUAUGCGGGGGUGUUGUUUUUGGUCGUGAUACUGUUUGA